CUGCUUUUUAAUCAUCUAGAUCAUUACCUUUUCUGGUUGAGACCUCAAAAUCAUUUCAAUUUCAAUUUUGCAAAUUGUUGGGGUUUGGCAAGUGCAAUGCUUUUGUUGUUUUAUUGUUUUUGCAUUCUCUCUCUGUUAUUUUCCUCUCUUUUUUUCCCUCUCUCUCUCUGUUAUUUUCCCUCUCACUAUCUCUCAGGGCUCCCUGUUUGGCAUUGAUGUCCUGGAUUCUGGUAGCGGUUGUUUUCCAACAAGGGUAUCUCUGUUCUUGGACGUUUAUAUCUCUGUUCUUGGACGUUUAUGUGGCAAUAUAAAAAACUAUGAGGAAAAGAAUAAAAUCAGUAUUAGAGAGGCCAUAUUCUAAAUGGACCAGAGAAGAGAAUAAGUUGUUCGAGCUAGCUUUGGCCGUCGUCGAUGAAGAAAACCCGGAUAGGUGGAGUAAUAUUGCAGCCAUAGUCGGACGGAGAAGUGCAGAGGAGGUCGAGAAACACUAUGCAUUCCUUGUUGAGGAUAUACAGCGUAUUGAGUCUGAUAAAGUACCCAUCCCAGAUUACAUAAUCCCUUUUUCUCAGGAUUCUGUAUAUGCAGAAGUGAUUUUUUGUCAUGUUGAUUUCAGUGGAUUGCUUGGUAUUGGUGAAGAACAGCAGGCGUGAGUUUCCUUGCUCUAUCACUCUAGGAUUAUUGUAGCAUGGCUUUUCCUCUACUUCGUUAAUUUUCUUUUUCUUUUGAUUUUUGAUGGUCAAAAAUAGAUUAUUUGGAGGGUCCAAAAGGUUUAGUUACUGUAGUAGUUCCUGCAAACGGGUUAUGGAAGUAAUUCUAUGAUCUUACUUCUUGUAAAUCUUGAUUUGCAUUUUGUAGGUUUUUAGUAAAUAUAUUUGAGCAUUCUUAUGAAGAGAUCUAGAAGGAUCUCUCUCAUGCUUAUCAGUAUGAAAGAUGACUUGAUGUAAUUCCUCUAGUGGAACUUAAUAUAUAAAUCUUAUUAUGGAUUGACCAUGA